AAAUACUCUCGAAUUCUUUCAAGGGUAAAUAACCGAAAAAAUACUCAACUUUUACCUUGUUCUCAAAUUUGGACGAACUACUAAUUUUAUCAAUUGUGGGUAUCAGUCUUUCAAUUUGUUUUCAAUUAUGGACUACAGUCAAAGGUUCUUAGUAUUUGCCAUUUUCUGCUGACAUGUAAUCUGACGUGGAUGAGCUGAGAUGACGUGACAACAGAACCAAAAAUAUAUAGUUAAAUCAGUAGAAUGACAUGGAAAAUCAAAACAAACUAACGAGUUCUAGUGGGAAAAUUGUGACAUUACUCAUCUGCAAAUCGGCAAGAUUUAAUGUUUUGAAUACUCAAUUUCUUUAUAGCAUUUCAAUGAAUGGUUGAUAGCUGUAAAGCACGGACACGACAAAAGCCCACCGUGCCACUGUCGCCAGUGUGUCAGAAGCGGCGACAAGCCGGCGAUACGUGUAAGACACGCCCACGUGGCGUGUGUGACACUGCUUUUGACAUUCCCAAAGGGACACGCCCGGGGGGGAACAUUGCAAAGACGAACAAGUAUCUGCUGUUCGACUGGUCUGAGUUCGAUUUAUUGCCGCCGCACGACUGCUGGACUAGUUGUCUUGUGGGAACUGGAAGUCUGAAACGUGAACGAGAAAGGCAAGCCCGUGCUUCGCUUCCGUCGAGUCGCCGGCGGAAUGGUGUGGUGUGGACUGUGAAGCUGUCAUCUCCAGCAGACUGGGGCAAAACAUCGAUGACAGCGAGCGGGGACUGCCGGACUGGGUGCAUUUCCCAAUUGCUGCUCGUGCUGUGCCUAUCGCGCUGAUUCAAUUUCCGGUAAGCCCACCUCCAGUCGGACCAGUCUUCCUCGUUUCUUUGCUUAAUCUGCUGCUGAUUGCUGCUUGUUUUACUUUAUUGUAUAUAUAUAUCAAUUUAUGUAUAUACGUAAUAUUAUUUUAUAUUACAUAAUACACAUGAAAAAACAUAUGUAAAAUGUAAUGUAAUAUAAAAUAAUAUAUGCCUUAUUGUAUGUACAUGCUUCAUUA